CACGUGAUCACCCACGUGGUGUGCAUUGAUUGCAGCAUGUCUUCAUCAACGGGUUCUUCUGGUGGUGAAGGAGGAGGAUUAGCAAGAUGGCAGGUGGUGGUAGCUGCUGUGGGAGUUAGUGUAGCUGUUGCUGGUACAGUGGGGGCCGUGUAUUGGCUCUGCUCCAAAGGAGGGAGUAAGAAAGGCUCGAAACCUGAAGCUGAUAGUAGAGUGAACUCGUUAACCAGUGAGACUGGAUCAACUGGUCAUAAUGAAGAUAGAGAACCAUCUGCCUUAGAGAGAGCAAGAGAGGCUAAGUCUCGUGGUAAUGCAUUAUUCAAACAGAAGCAGCUGGAGGAGGCACUCAAGUGCUACAAGGAAGCAAUAGAGAUUUGUCCUCCUGAAGAAACUGAUGACAUUGCAACCUUUCAUCACAACAUUGCAGCUGUGUAUGACAAAAUGGUUGUUGAUUGUACUGAUAAUGAUGAAAAAGUGAUACUCUGGGAAGGUAUCAGAGGUCAUUGCACUGAAGCAAUUAAACUAAAACCGAAAUAUAUAAAAGCUAUUUUUAGAAGAUUUCAUGCAAAUCGUGCACUGAAUAACAAAAGAGAAGCUUUAUUAGAUGUUACAAGAUUGAUGAUCCUAGAUGAAGACAGUAUGAAAACGUUAGCCGAGUUAGCACAAUCGUUAUUCAAAGACGUUUCCAAAGAAUUGGCUGAAGAGAACUUCCCAAAAUUAGGAGCUCUUGAGCCACCUACUCAACUGGUCAGGACAUACUUCAACUCGUUUCUUUGGAAAGAUGACAUAUCUCGAAGCCGUCUGAAAGAAUUAUGGGAUGGAGCAGGAGGGGAUGUGGAUCGUUUUGACGAUGAAGCGUUCGUCAAGGCAGCUGGGCAGUUCCUUUCCGGACAGUACAGUGGUAUCAUUGACGUAUUGACUCAAGCUGUGAAUGAAGGUCACGAAGUGUUUAAAUCUCGUUCCCUAUUGUUGCGAGGGACCUUACUGAGUCUCUGGAGACGUGAAACUGAUGCCAUGAAUGACCUUAGAUCCGUCCUAUCACUGCCUGACGUGCCUUCUGAAUUACUAGCUGAUGCCCAUAUAAAGAUAGCUGCUAUAUAUGCUGGCCUGUCUCAAGUUAAGGAAUGUUAUGAGGAGUUUGACAAAGCCUUAAACGAGAAACCUGAUCACGUUGAUGUGUUUAUGCAGCGAGCUAGAGUUGCCAUGGAAUCAGAUGAUCCUAGUGUUGUUCUAAAAGGAGUCGAUGACUUAGAAAUUGUUUUAAAAUUAUCUCCUACUUCAUCCAUAGCGCUAUACUGCAUGGGGUCAAUGUAUCACAGAGCUGGUCUUCUGUCAAGGUCUAUACAUUUCUUUGAAGGCGCUAGAUCAAAGUUUGAACAAGCAUACAAAUCAGCUCCUGGUCUUGCCGAGGGACUUUUACUAUAUGCACUGUUUCUACAAGAUGUUGAGGAGGUACAAUUGUCUGAGGAGAUAUUGCACAAAGCAAUAGAACUGGAGCCUGACAAUGCUUCAGCCCAUUUCACCAUCAGCAUCUUGUACCUGCUGGCUCACAGGGACAUGGAUAAAGCCAUCAACAGCCUAAGAACAGCAAUUGAGAUGGACUCCUCCUGCAUACAGGCUUAUGAAACACUGGCGUCACUGGAAAUGCAAAAAGGCAAUAAAGAGAAGGCUCUGGAGCUGUAUGAUGCAGCUGUUAAAAACUCAAGAUCAAUUUUAGAAAUGCAGCAAGGAUACUUAGCAAGAGAAGUAUUCACAACACAAAACGAGGUGUGUGAUGAAUAUGGGAUUGAUCCUGUGGAGUUAUUGACCUCAAGGAUGGCCUCAUUCUCCACUGGUGCAGCUAAUAACUGAGCAAUAAUGAUGUACAUUAUUAUUAUACUUAUUGUCGUUAUUUGUGUGUCAAUUGUCAAUUUCUUGAAAUUUGAUUAGAGGAUUACAAUUCACUAAAUCA